AUGAAAACUGAAGCACACAAAACACCGAUACAAAGUUUUUACGCCAGACAGACAAUCUUUAUUACAGGAAGUACAGGCUUUCUUGGAAAAAUGUUGAUAGAGAAGCUGUUACGAAGCUGUCCUGAUAUCUCUAUGAUAUAUGUGAUGAUACGUUCACAAAGAGAUAAAUGCCCCGAAAAUCGAUUAGAUGAAAUGUUUGAAAAUCCGCUUUAUGACCGAAUAAAAAAAGAAGUACCUGAUUUUCGCAAAAAAAUCAUACCAAUCAUAGGAGAUUCCAAUAUCAAAGAUUUGGGAUUGUCAGAAAGUGAUAGAAACGUGUUAAUAAGUAAGGUAUCUAUAAUUUUUCAUGUAGCAGCGAAUAUGCAAUUCUAUGAAAAGAUCAAAAUUUCUACAAUAAUAAACAUUGAUGCUACUGCUACCGUCUUAAAACUUGCAAAACAGAUGCCAAAUUUGAAGGUAAUUGAUCUAAUCAGAAUCUCCUCACAAUGGCCGAAUACAUACUUAUUCACGAAGGCGAUUGCAGAAGGACUCUUCAAAAACGAAAGUAGAGAUUUACCAAUUGGAAUAUUUCGACCUGCAAUGGUUAUAUCCAGCGCCAGUGAACCACUUAUCGGCUGGAUCGACAAUAUGUAUGGGCCAACAGGUUUCGCAAGGAGCUUGCUACUUGGUGUCGUAAGAUUUCAACAUUGUAAUGGCAAUCAUAAGGCGAAUAUAGUGCCUGUUGAUUUUACCGUAAACGCUUUAAUUGCUAGUGCGUGGGAUGUCUACAGUCAACACGGGCGGAUUAAAGACAUGUUAAUUUAUAAUUUCGCACCGCCAGUUGAUGGCCCUACUUGGAAUGAAUACAUUUAUGCACUACUUGACAUCAAUAAAAUGUAUCCCUUGCGUAGUGCCAUGUACUUACCAUUAAUGACUUUCUUCAAACAUGAGAUACCAUACAGAUUUUGCGUUUGGUUCGGUCACUUCCUUCCUGCUUUACUUUUGGAUGCCGCCAGUAUCUGUAUUGGACGUAGCCCGAGAAUGUGGAAAUUGUAUAUGAAGGUAGACAAAUUUUGUAAAGCAAUCGUACCUUUUUGUGACACAGAAUGGACUUAUUCUAUCGAUAAUAUUCAAUCAAUGUGGGAUAAUCUCAAUGAGGGGGAUCAAAAAUUAUUUAAGUUUAACAUGGUGGAAUUUAAUUGGACAGAAUACUUAAUUAAUCAUUAUCAGGGCAUGCGGCUCUAUCGACUUAAUGAAAAUGACAGUAUGUUGAAAGUUAGUCGUACGAAAUAUGCAAG